AUGAUGGAGACAGCCAAUCACGUCAACAUUGCAAUGAUAGAAGAUAUCGGCAGCAACGGGACGGCGAGGUCAAAGGUCGUCACAGCCGUGGACCAGAACAAGCAGCCGUGUGGCUCCACCGUGAGCUUCCACAGCAUCCAAUACAAAGUGCAGCUGAAGAGCGGCUUCUUCUGCAAAAAAACCACUCCCAGGGAAAUUCUGGUCGACCUCAAUGGGAUUAUGAGACCUGGCCUCAACGCUAUUCUUGGACCUACUGGAAGUGGAAAAUCUUCAUUCUUGGAUAUUCUUGCUGCAAGAAAGGAUCCUUUAGGUCUCUCAGGAGAAGUCCUCAUUGACAAAGCACCACAGCCUCCGAACUUCAAGUGCCUCUCUGGCUAUGUGGUUCAGGAAGAUGUGGUCAUGGGCACCCUGACUGUGAGGGAGAAUCUGCGUUUCUCUGCAGCGCUGCGGCUGCCCAGCUCUGUGCCUCAGAGUGAGAAGGAGGCUCGAGUCAAUCACCUCAUUGCAGAACUGGGUCUCGCCAAGGUGGCUGACUCCAAGGUGGGCACACAGAUGACGCGGGGCAUCUCUGGAGGAGAGAGGAAGAGGACGAACAUCGGCAUGGAGCUGAUUAUUGAUCCCUCAGUUCUCUUUCUGGACGAGCCGACCACGGGACUGGAUGCCAGCACCGCUAACUCUGUCCUGCUGCUGCUGAAAAGAAUGGCCAGUCGUGGAAGAACCAUAAUUAUGUCGAUCCACCAACCUCGAUACUCCAUCUACAGACUGUUCGACACUCUCACUCUGCUGGUCGGUGGUAAAAUGGUUUACCACGGACCGGCGCCAAACGCUUUGGACUACUUCGCCAACAUUGGUUAUCCCUGUGAGCCCCACAACAACCCAGCUGACUUCUUUCUGGAUGUUAUUAAUGGAGACUCCACCGCUACAACCAUGACCAAAGUGCACGGCCCUGAAGAUUUGGACUUUGAGGAGCUGGGCGGCUCCAGGCAGAGCAUCGAGGAGCGGCUGGUGGAGGAGUACAGGGACAGCAGCUACUCCAGCGACACAAGAGCUGAGCUGGACCGCAUCGUCCAGGAUAAGAAGUGUGUCUCGUGUUCAAAAUCCCGCACCAUCACCUACAACAGCUCCUUCUUCCACCAGCUGCGUUGGGUUCUCAGGAGAACUUUCCAGAACCUCAUGCUGAACCCACAAACAUCAGUGGCACAGCUGGGAGUCAACAUCUUCCUCGCCCUCAUCGUAGGAGCCAUUUUCUUCGGGGUCAAAGAUGACCAGAGCGGUAUCCAGAACAGGAUGGGCGCCCUCUUCUUCAUCACUACCAACCAGUGUUUCAGCACCGUGUCCGCCGCCGAGCUCUUCAUCAUCGAGAGGAAACUGUUUGUGCACGAGUACAUCAGCGGCUACUACAGAGUGUCCGUCUACUUCCUCUCGAAGAUCCUGUCUGACAUCACUCUGCGAACCAUCACCUCCGUUAUCUUCAGCUGUGUUGUCUACUUUAUGAUCGGGCUGAAAUCCACAGCUGCAGCCUUCUCCGUCUUCACGCUGACGGUGACUCUGGUGGCGUACACAGCCACAGCCAUGACGAUGGCCAUCUCAGCCGAUCAGAGCGUCGUGGCUCUCGCCAACAUCUUCAUGACCAUCACCUUCGUCUUCAUGAUGAUUUUCUCAGGUCUCCUGGUGAACCUCCCCAGCAUCAUGGACUGGCUGGCCUGGCUGAAGUACUUGAGUAUUCCUCGCUACGGCCUCGCAGCCUUGAAGAUCAAUGAGUUUGUGGGUUUGAAGUUUUGUGACGAGGCUGUGAUCCGAAACACCAACAUGUCGGCUGCAGUGACCAACUGCAGUGUGAGCUCAGCCGGCCCGACAUGUACAGGAGAGCAGUACCUGGACUACCUGGGAAUAGAGUACACCCCCUGGGGACUGUGGGAGAACCAUGUGGCUCUGACCGUCAUGACGUUCAUAUUCCUCAUCAUCGCCUAUCUGAAACUACGCUACAUCAAGAAAUUCACUUAAAUGUGUGAUUAUGCAUCUUUUUAUUUUUGUCUUCAAGGAACAAGGCCAGUUCACCAAUUAAAGGAACAGUACACCAUUAUUGCAAACAUCAGUUUUAUCAUCUUUGGUGUUUAGACACUAAUAUGACCAUAUUCUAUAUUUUGUUGGAGUGUUUUUUUUAAGCCCAGCAGAGAAGAGAGUUUUCUGA